UCUUACAACAGUGUCAAAAGCAUAUUUAAUCUGCUUCUUUGUGUUUGUUUUCCUCAGCUACUGAACCAAAUAUGGCCCAGUCAGCAGACAAAAUGUUGCUGGAGGUAGUAUCAGCGGUCAGUAAUUCAUCGCUGCUUCAGCCAGGCUUCUCUCUCCUGAAUUUUGAUGGACACACUUUCCUUUUUGGGCAGAAAGGAUGGCCAAAGAGGUCUUGUCCUACUGGUGUUUUCCUCCUCGAUAUAAAGGAGAAUGAGCUCAAAAUGAAACCUGCCUUAUUCUCUAAUGAUUCCUGUUACCUGCCCCCUCUCCGCUACCCUGCCAUUUGCAAGCUCAGAGGCAACAUGGAGUCUGAUGAGUACCAGUAUAUCAUCCAUGGUGGAAAAACACCUAACAAUGACCUUUCGAAUAAGAUUUAUAUUAUGAGUCUGAUAAGCAAAAAUAGUAAGAAAACCACAUUUCAAUGUAUUGAGAAAGACCUGGAUGGAGAUGUCCCUGAAGCUAGAUACGGGCAUACAAUUAACAUAGUUCAUAGUCAGGGAAAAAGCAUGAGCGUUAUAUUUGGAGGGAGAUCAUAUAUUCCUCUUGCACAAAGAACCACUGAAAAAUGGAACAGUGUAGUUGACUGUUUGCCAUCUGUGUUUCUGGUUGAUUUUGAGUUGGGAUGCUGUACCUCAUACAUACUUCCAGAGCUUCAGGAUGGACUUGCUUUCCAUGUUUCAGUUGCCAGAAAUGAUACAAUAUACAUUUUGGGAGGCCAUUCACUUCAAAAUAACACCAGGUCCCCCAGCUUGUACAAGCUAAAAGUUGAUCUCCCGCUGGGCAGCCCAGCCGUGACCUGCACCAUCUUGCCAGGGGGGAUAUCUGUGUCGAGUGCUAUAGUGACUCAAACCAGUGACACCGAAUUUGUCCUUGUUGGGGGAUACCAGUCUGAGAACCUGAAACGGUUGGUAUGUAACACCAUAGUUCUGGAAGACAGUAAUAUACAGAUUGUUGAAAGGGAGAGCCCAGACUGGACACCAGAUAUUAAACACUGCAGGAUGUGGUUUGGCAGUGAUAUGGGCAAAGGGUCUGUAUUGCUGGGCAUUCCAGGGACCAACAAACAGUUAAUCUCAGAUGCAAACUACUUCUACAUUUUGAGAUGCAAAGGAGAAGAGGACAAGAAAGAAGAACUGACAGCACAAAUUUGCAGUCAGACGUCAACUGAAGACCCUAAAGACUCCACUCCAUCUGAAGAUUCUGAAGAGUUUUGUUUGAGUGCUGAAGCCAAUAGAUUUGAUACUGACACUUACAAUGAAGAUGAUGAAGAUGAAUCAGAAACAGGCUACUGGAUCACCUGCUCUGCCAGUUGCAAUAUUGACAAUAACACCUGGGUCCCUUUCUAUUCAACAGAAUUCAACAAGCCUGCUAUGAUCCUCUGUUCCAGCGGGGCUGGCCACUGGGUCCAUGCUCAAUGUAUGGAUCUCUCAGAGACCAUGCUUCUGCAUCUCUCAGAAGCAAAUGUCAAGUACUUCUGCAAUGAGCACAUUGACAUUAAUAAAGGGCUACAAACUCCCCAAAAGGUGGUGCCCCUGAAAAAACAACCCAUGAAACCACUGCGCAAAAAGACAACCAUGAAGUUAACAUCACCAGCGAAAAAGCCCUUUCUUCGGAGGUUGUUUUAAUAGAUUUACUCUGCUGGUUUGUAUUCACCUGGAAGGAAGUGAAAUCACAGAGACAGCUGGUAAUGGUUGAAAUAGAACUGGUUAUUUGAUUUCCAUUAUCUCAAUAUUUCAGUUGCAUUUCAAAGCUCAUGAAUUUAUUUCGUUUCUUGUGUGUAUUUUUAUAACAUCCAGAUAGGAACCCCAUCACAGAGGGCACUGUGCAAACACACAGCCAGAUGCUGGUAACUGUGUUCUGUGUUUUAUGGCACAAAUUACCCCCUCAUUAUCCCCAGUGAGUUUAAUGGAACUGCUGGUAGAAUAUUACCCCAUGUAUUGAAUGAUUAUAUGUCAGUUUUGACUACAGUUCUGGAAUAUCAUCUCAUAAUAAAAAUCAAACC